UGAAGUCCAGGAACCCAUCGAGGAGGGGCCAGAGGUCCGCUCGGGCCUCUUUUGGUCCCUGGGAUUGGGUCCCGGGGCAGCGUGGGCAGGGCUGUCCCAGCUCUCCUCCCUUCCGGAGAAAACCAGGGUGCCAGGUCCGUGCAGCUACUGCAGAAGGCAUCCUCCGGGCUCCGGGUCCGGCCUCGGGUGCUGGUCCACCGCUCCAGCUGCCGCACCUUCCCGCCGAUGUCCCGGCCGCCGCGAGCGCGGGCGGUGCCAGAGGGUAGGACCCGAGGCUGCGUGGUGCCAGUCACUGCGCUCCUGCUGCUCGCCUACCUGGCAUACCUGGCGCUGGGCACCAGCGUGUUCUGGGCGCUGGAGGGCCCUGCAGCGCACAAGUCCGACCUCAGCUUCCAGCGUGACAAAUGGGCGCUGCUGCAGAACUUCACCUGCCUGGACGGCCCAGCGCUGGACUCGCUGAUCCGGAACAUCAUCCAAGCAUACAAGAAUGGAGCCCACCUCUUCAGCAACACCACCAGCAUGGGGCGCUGGGAGCUUGUGGGCUCCUUCUUCUUUUCCGUGUCCACCAUCACCACCAUCGGCUACGGCAACCUGAGCCCCCAGACCAUGGCUGCCCGCCUCUUCUGCAUCUUCUUCGCUCUCGUCGGGAUCCCACUCAACCUGGUGGUGCUCAACCGCCUGGGACACCUCAUGCAGCGGGUGGUGCACCGCUGUGCCCGCAGGAUGGGGGGAGCCUGGCAGGACCCGGCCAAGGCGCGCUGGCUGGCAGGUUCCAGCGCCCUGCUCUCGGGCCUCCUGCUCUUCCUGCUGUUGCCCCCACUGCUCUUCUCACACAUGGAGGGCUGGAGUUACGUGGAGGGCUUCUAUUUCGCCUUCAUCACCCUCAGCACCGUGGGCUUCGGCGACUACGUGAUCGAGAUGAACCCUUCCAGGAGGUACCCACUGUGGUACAAGAACAUGGUGUCCCUGUGGAUCCUCUUUGGGAUGGCAUGGCUAGCCUUGAUCAUAAAACUCGUCCUCUCACCGCUGGAGACCCCAGGGGGCGUGUGUUCCUGCUGCUGCCCCUGCUACCACCGCCACCCCAAAGGGGGCUUCAAGGGCUGCAGCAGGAGGCAGAGCCCAGGGGGCGAGCCCCAGUCCUAUGGCCCACAGCCAUGCUGCUGCCCGGACAGGGCUGUGGGCCUUACAGAGCACCUGGGUGCCUCCACUCUGACAGCGGGCUGCAACAAGGACAUCUAGCACGACCCUCGAUUGCGUCCACCUUUCUGCUUGGUAUCCAGAC